AUGUUUGAAGAUGAGGAGGACUACAGCCUGUCAGCCUUCAGCACAAGCGGCGGGCGAGGGGCUGGCGGCCGCAGGACCCUCAGCAGACCAGCUGAGCCUCGCCCCUCGGACGGCUUCGUCGGCCUCCUCAAUCAGGGAGCAACGUGCUACUUGAACAGCUUGAUCCAGGCGCUCUACAUGACGCCUGAGCUUCGCGCUGGGCUCUUCGAUCUGUCCCUGGACGACCUGCAGGUGGUGACCACCGCUCCAUCACCGCCUGUGGCCGCCACAGCGCCCGAGUCAGACGACGCCGCCGCCACAACCGAGCAAGACCCCGACAAGCGCGAAGAGCCCGCGCCAAGCGGCGAGGACCACCAGGCCAAGACCGAACACGCGACCGCGCCAGCCGUAGAACCCGCCACAACGGCCACCCAGCUCACCACCGAGAAGGUGGUGGAGGUGGUGAAAGAGAAGGAGAGCUGGGAGGGCGCUGCAGCUGGCGGCGCUGCUGGGGAGGUGGCGGGCGAUGACGACCCGCGGGCCUUCCUGGCGUCGAUGGGCUUCGAGGAGGCGCAGGUGCGGCGCGCCCUGGCCCGCUUCUCCAAUGACACGGCGCGCGCGGUGGAGUGGCUCCUCUCCGGCGGCGGCGGCGCAGCGGCGGCGGAGGACGAUGGCGAAGGCGACAACGACGACGGCUUCGGCGGGCUGGCGGGCAUGGCCUCCACGCUGCAGGAGCGCGACACCGAAGACGCCGAAACCGACAUAAGCGGCUUCGGUGAACAGGACCCCUUCGGCGAAGGCGAACUAUUUGAGGGCGCGGCGGAUGCGUUCGGUUCGGCGGAAGAUGACGAAGAGGAGGAGGAGGAGGACAGCGAGGAGCGCAGGGCGCGCGAGGCCGAGGAGCAGGCGGCGCGCGACAAGGCCGAGCGCGAGGAGAAGGAGUGGAAGGAGCGCGAGCAGGCCCGGAAGGAGAAGCAGCAGCAGGAGUGGAGCUGCCACCUGUGCACGUUCCUCAACCACCCGGCCAAGAUGUUCUGCGGCGUGUGCGAGACGCGACGGCAGCAGCCCGACGCCGCCGCGGCCGCGAAAGCGACUGCGGGCGGUCACACUGUCGACGGUCAGACCGAACAGGCAGCCGCGGCGGCCAAUGGCUCUGGCGGCGACGCUGCCGAGGAGAUCGUAAAGAAUCAGCAAGGAGAACAGGUGAUUGUGAAGAAGCGCAAGAUUCCGAUGGAGCUCCAGCGCUUGUUUGCACGAAUGCAGGCGGCCGAUGUGGAUGCGGUCUCGACCGAGUCUCUGACCGAGAGCUUCGGCUGGCAAGGGCGCGAGAUGUUCGAGCAGCAGGACGUGCACGAACUCAACAGAGUGCUGUUUGAUGCGAUCGAGCGUUCGCUAAAGAACACGCCGGCGUGCAACCUCAUCUCCGACCUGUACAAGGGCGUGACGGUGAACCAGAUCGUGUGCACCAACUGCAAGAACGUGUCGGAGCGCGAGGAGCCCUUCCAGGACGUCACCCUCACCGUGGCCGGCCUCGGCUCCGUCACCGCCAGCCUCGCCGCCGCCACCGAAUACGAAAUGCUCACCGGCGACAAUCGGUACAACUGUGAGAACUGCGGGCAGCGGGUGGACGCCCUCAAGGGCGCCGUGUUCCGCAGCCUGCCGCCCAUUCUCAUUCUCUCCCUCUCGCGGUUCACCUACGACGUCGAGCGAGACGGGCGAGUGAAGGUGGGCGACAAGUUCGCGUUCCCGCUGCUCCUCGACCUGCACCCGUUCACCGAGCAGGCGCGGGCAGAGGGGAAGCCGCUGGGCGACUACCACAUUCCGGCGCCCGGCGCCGCCACCACCCAGGAGCCCGCGUCGGCGGUGGUCGCGGAGGCCGAGGCGGUUAAGGAGGCUGAGGCUGCUGUUAAGGAGGCGGCGGACGUCGAAGCCGGCGACGACGAGAACAAGAAGACCAAGGGCAAGCGCGGAAAGAAGAACAAGGGCAAGGGCAAGAGCAAGGCGGAGGAGGAAGCGAAGGCGAAGGAGGAGGAGAAGGAGGUCGCGUACGAGCUGGAGCAGGGACCGGUCGACGUCACGUCGCCCCACCUCUACGAGCUCUUCUCGGUCAUCAUCCACUGCGGCAGCAGCGCCGGGUUCGGCCACUACCACGCCUACAUCCGCGACGUUCUUCACGCGGGCCACGAGGACCAGUCAACGACCACCUCGACGACGGCAGAGAAGGCAAAGGAGGAGGAGAAGGUGGAGGAGACGGCGUCGGCGCCGGCGGGGAACGACGACCACCCGCUGGCUGAGAAGAACGAGAGCGGCGGCGGCGGCGAAGGCGCGACCCGCGCCAGGUGGGAAGAGAUGGCGGCCGAGGCGGGGCGCGGUUGGUACGACUUCAACGACAGCACGGUCAAGCCCAUCCCCGUCCAGCGCCUCGCCACCCAGUACGCCGGCCGGUCCGAAUGCGCCUAUAUGCUGAUUUACCGCCACGUGCCCCCCGCUUCCGGGGCUGCCGAGACGUGCGAGGGGGAGGCCACGCGCGGUCGGGGUCGACGCGUGACGGCGCCGCCGCCGGUGCCCGAGCACCUGCUCGCCGAGCUGGCGACCUACAACGCCGACCUGCAGCGGGAGCGCGGGGAGUACGAGCGCGACCGCGGCCUGAUCGACGUCAUGACCUACCACCCGCGCCACUUCCGCCUGUUGGGCGGCCAGAUCCACAAGCGCAUCGCCAACACGACCCACCAAGUCGCCCCCGGUGCGGCCCGCGGUGCUGCGGCCGCCGCCGCCGCAGACAAGACCGAGGGCGCGAGCGGGGAGGAGCGGGACAAGAAGCUGCUGACGCUCCACAAGGACACGACGGUGGCCCAGCUGGUGAAGGACAUUAAGGAGGCGCUCGGCGGCGAGACCGAGGCGGAGACCGACGGCGAGGCCGAGGCCGCAAGGCUGCGGCUGGACCAGGUCGAGCUCCGCGGGACCCAGCUCACCUUCUCGGGCCUCAGCCUGCUGCUCUCGGAAGUCCCCGCCGACGCCACCCUGGAAUCCGUCGGGAUUAAGGAGGGGAGCAGCUUGUCGUUCCUUCUGUGGGACGGGGAAACGAUCAACGGCGAGCGGUACGACCCGGAGGCGCACCAGAUCAACAUUCGGGUGACCCACUACGCGUCGCGGGUCGAGGGCCAGCUGCCGGCUGCCGACGUGGAUCCGGUGGUCAACGAGCUGGUCGUGCGCCUGGGCGACAUGGAGACCGUGAGCGACCUCAAGACCCGGAUCGCCACCCUCACCGGCAUUCCUGUCGACAAGCAGUAUCUGUGUCGCAUCGAAUACCAGAAAUUCACCCAUUUGGCCGAGAACAACAUUCCGCUGAUCCAGCUGGGCAUCUACAACGAGUCAAAGGUCACCGUCGAGCUGCAACCCGUAGGCAGUGAACGGUCGUGGGCGUGGGAGAUGUUCCUGCGGCGGCAGAAGCUGAUGGAGAUCUUCGUCACCGACAAGUGCAGCGGCGAGGAGCCCUUCCCCACCAUCACCGUCGAAAUGGACAAAAAGGCCACCCUCGCCGAACUCAAGGCCGCCGUCCUCUCCAAGUUCCCUUCCGGGUUGAUGGACCUGAACUUGGAGACGCAGCUGCGGCGGUCGCUGCCGGGCGGAGGCGAGGGCACGGUGUACGCGGACGAGACGCGCACGCUGGACGAGACGGGCGUCAAGGACGGCGACCGCAUCAUCAUCGAGCACGGCGACGCCUCGCAGCACGUGCCCAUCGUCGGCCUGCGCUUCGUCGUCUCCCUCUCGGGCACCAAGGAGCGCGCCGUGCCCGAGCCGCUCGACAUCGACGUCCCGCGCAACGCCACCAUCGCCAAAUGUAAGGAGAUGAUGUGCGCCAUGUUCGACAAGCCGGCGGACAAGUCGCGCCUGCGGCGAACGGACAUCUGGGGCGGACCCGACCGGCUGUUCGACGACGAACGGCGCACGCUCGACGAGGCCAAGGUCCUCCCGGGCGACCUCCUGUGGCUCGAAGACGGCAAGCCGCCUGUGAGAGGCCAGAUCGAAGUGUUCUUCCAGCUUUAUUUCCGCCGCGAAGCCGGAGGAGCGACGACUGGAACGACAAACGUGUCGGCGUCGCAGCGGAGUGAUGAGCCCAACAAGCAGGAGCAGCCGCAGCCGCAGCCGCAGCCGGGUGACACGCAGAAGAGCCCCGUCAGCGAGCCGAUGAAGAACGAAAGCGAAAGCGAAAAGAGCGGAGACGAUGCGAAGGCGAAGAACGAUAGGGAGAAGGAGCGGCUGCAGGCGCUGCGCUCGCUGGUGUCGCCAGCCGUGCACCUUUCGCGCUCGUUCCCUCCGUCGGUGCGCGAGGCGCCCGACGCGCCGUUCGCCGUGUCUUCGCUCUUCAAACUCGACGUCUCCCGCGCCACCACCGUGCGGGCGCUCAAGGAGCAGCUCAAGGCCACGGCCGCGCUCGACCACGUCCCCUCGGCUGACCACAUCCGCCUGUGGCACCAGGAGCGCCUGCUCAAGCACGACCGCUGGCCCCUCAAGAAACACCAUGUCGCCAACUACUCGACGAUCACUGUCGAGAUCCUCGAUUCGCCCGAGACCAGCGCGGACUGGCGGGAGGAAUGCGGCGUCGAGGCCGCGCCCACGGCCAACGCCAACGCCGGCGAUCAGCUCAUGGACGAUGAGUACGAGUACUACGGCGAUGGCGAUGAUGACGUGGCGAACAACAACGCGCUGCUGCUGUACGUGCACCGGCGCGACCCGGUCCGGCGCACGAUAGGCUUCGUGUCGACGCUGUGGUUCGGCGGCGAGACGGUGGCGCAGCUGCGGAGCGAGGUGGCCCAGGCCACGGGCAUCGAUCGCGCCCACCUCCAGCUGGUCAAGUACCUCCAGUACAACGGCAAGUGGCGCGUGCUCGACGACGAAGUCGCUGACGACACUGCUGACUCUGUCGCUGGCGCCGGCGACAACAUAGUCGACAACAGCAAGCAGCCCGCGACCGCGACUGCCAGCGACGACGAUGAGGAGGAAGAUGAAGAGGAGCAAGAGGACGAGGGCACGGAGAUGGUCGAGAUGACGGCCAGUGCGGCGACUGUCGACGGCGAGCCGGAGCCCAACAGUGCGAUGAUGACGGCCGAGGAGGUGGCUGAGGAGCUUAAGGUGGCCGCUGUGGUGGCCAAGGAGGAGGAGCGCAGGGAGCGAGCCGAGGCCGACACCGAGGCCGAGGUGCUCGACCACCGGUCGCCGUACCACCAUGAGCCCCAGCAACAACGAGGCAACGUCAGCCGACGGAAGAUCGAGGGCAAGCCCUACUACCUUAAGGAUGGCGAUGUGGUGGUGGCGAAGGAUCGGCGAGAGGAGCCGGAGGGCCACCCGGACGACUUCCACGAGUCGCUGUGCCUCAUGCCAGAGCGCGACUUUGGCGGCGGCAAGAAGAAGAAGAAGCGACGCGAGCGCGGCCGCAAGGACGGCAAUUGGACGAACCAGCCCCGAGGUGGCACAACGCGCCGAGCAGUCGAGCGCGGCAUUCGCAUCGACGUCGACGAGUUCUGA